CUCCGGAAGGUGGUGAUUGACUCCGCUGUCCUGGCGUCGUGAGGGAGUUUGUUCCACCAUUGGGGGGCCAGAGCAGCGAACAGUUUUGACUCGGCUGAGCGGGAACUGUACUUCCUCAGUGGUAGGGAGGCGAGCAGGCCAGAGGUGGAUGAACGCAGUGCAAGUCCUUUCUUGGAAUUGUUGACAUUGUGAUGAGAAAAUUGCCACAAAUACCACUAUGUUGCUAUGUGGAAGGCCAUUGCCUGAAUCUGUUUUUACGAUGGCCGGAUAUCUAUAUCUGUAUCUAUAUCAAGAUACCCUCAUUAAGGAACACUUUACCAGAGCAUGGCAAUAAACUGUCUCUCACUAUCAAAAAACAAAAUGUCAUCUGCAGAUGAUGAUUACCAGAUAGGAGGCACAUCACCAUCACAGUACGUAUGACACAUCUGAAAAGACUGUAGGAAAGCAUGACUAGAGAGCCUAUAUAAAAAGGGAGACCACACAGGUGUCUUCAGAGAGACAGAAACGGUGUGUACUGAAUCAACUAUCUACAGCAUCUUGAUCCACGGAGCCACCAUGAAGUCCCAGUUGUUCUCUCUGCUGCUGCUGUGUGUGCUGUGUGUAAGGGAGGUUCGAUUGGAGGAUGCUGCGACUGUGAGAGCUGUGCGGCUCUGUGGACGGGAGUUCCUGAGGGCCGUGGUGUACACCUGUGGAGGGUCACGGUGGAGAAGGCUUCCAGUAGAGGACAUAAAUGGAAGGGUGGACCAGAAUGGUCUGAAACCAUGGGGGGCUGAGCCUGUGAUGGACCAGAGACGACGAGACUUGAACGAAGCCCUGACCACCGUGUGUUGUCAACUGGGCUGUCGGAAGAGCGACCUUACAAUCAUGUGCUAGGGGCCAAUGCGCAGGCAUUGGCGACAAGGCGUUAAUGUUUGUUGGAAAAUAGUCCUUAUUCAAUAUAGUUGUUUGGCUACUAUGGAUGUCAGCUAAAGAUAUCAUUACUUCCAAUUACUUUCAUUUACUUUUAUCAUGACUUUCAAUGAAAUUCCCCCAUUGAUCUUAUCAGCAAUAAAAACUGGACUUGUAACCAUU